UUCUUUUGUGAAUAGACAUUUGAUUGGCUCGUUUCAUUAUACGCCAUGAGGGCGCGACCGACUGCCUGCUGGCCCAUCACCGGGUGCUGCAAAUCAACCAUCCAGAGAGUGCGACCUUUCUCCUUCACGACAAACCGCCCCUCACGCCUUCGUGCUCGUCUCGAUAUUCCUCCUCCAUUCCCUGUGGCCCAAACAUGUCCCGAGCCCAGCUGCGCAUGUCCUCCUACACCGUCGAUGCCUGAAGGGCUCCCGAUCGACUAUGCGCAACCGCUGAAUGGAACAAUGGCUGCCUAUGCGCAGCAGCUCUUGAUUUGCACCGGGCAGCGAGAUUGGACAAGUCGCAUUGAGAACGACGGAGAGAAUGAAGGCUGGGGAGGGCUUGCUCGAGGCCUCAAGCGUUUAAUGGGUCGUGGAGGACGUUACGCUGAUCCCUUCAACAAUAUCCUCGUCACAAACUCUUCCUUUCCUCCUGCCGCAAAUACUUCGUCCUCUACCGCUUCUGCCUUUCUAUUUCCUAGCUUCAAAUAUCUUCCCUCCAUCCCCGUGGAUACAGAGUCACAGACCAACGAAACCGAUCUUUCGACCUUUGUACGGGGCUUCCUUCUACCCAAAAAGUUGAACUCGAUGCAACAAUCCCUUCCCGAAUCUAAACAAGCAGAAUUGACCCGCGUCCCGGAGCUUGCGUCUGAGUUUACAGGUGCCAUCGAUAUUCAACAUUCCCCGAUAGUUCUUAUCUGUGGUCACGGUGGUCGCGACAUGCGCUGCGGUGUCAUGGCACCUGCUUUGGAGACCGAAUUCUCCCGUGUCCUGCAAGCGCGAGGGUUUUCGUCAGCAGGCAGCGAUGUAAGCAAAUUCGAUAGCCCAGAGCAUGCCCAUAUCGGGCUGAUCAGCCAUAUCGGAGGACAUAAAUACGCAGGGAAUGUGAUCAUCUAUAUCCCACCGCGAAUGAUGAUGGGACCUUCCACCCCGAACCCGCUGGCGGGCAAAGGUAUUUGGUACGGACGGAUCGAGCCUAAGAAUGUGGAGGGGAUUGUGAAUGAGACUAUUCUAGGUGGAAAGGUCGUGGCAGACCAUUUCCGUGGUGGAAUUGAUCUAGAUGGUGGUAUUUUACGGCUAUAGUGGACGUAUAUAUUUGGCGAAUAUAAAUGUACUAUAGAUCAAAGAUCCC